AUGCCAAAGGAAGAGGAGAGGAGAGAAAAAGUAGUGUUAAGGCAAAUACCCACUCAUAACAACUAUAAUGCUCACAAUAGUGGUAAAUAUAACGUAGAGGAUUACCUUACCAAAGGGAAUACUGUUAAUAGUAAAUUUGCGAAAAUGGAAAAAAGGCAAAGGUUAAAAGCGUCUAGUUUGCCGUUGGCGGCAACUCCUCCGCGUCAACAGUUGCCGAAUUCGCCUCAAGAUUUUUAUUUGAGUGAUAAUGGUGACGGUGAAGAGAUUGAUGAUGUGGAUGCGUUGACGGAAAGUUUAUGUGAAGAAGAAAUUGAAUGGUACUGCACAUCUAUAAAAUCUGAACAUUUAACUAAUGUAGAUUUGACGCUCUUAAAAAAACGAGAGUCCAAAAUAUCAAAAUCAAUGGACACUCAAUUCGAAAUAAGCAAGUCUACUAUAAUUGAAAUGAUGAAACGGUACCUCGAAAAAGAAGAAAAAACGACGAAUAAAGUUGCCAACGAGUAUAAGUCUCGUAUGAAUGAACAUGACGAACAAAAGAUUGGCUGGUUAAAGAAAUUACAAUUGGAAUUUGAAGAAUAUCAGAAGGAAACCGAAAAUCUUCUCGAAGCCCUCGAAAAAAAUUAUACAGAGAGCUUACGACAUCGACGCGAAUUCGAUAAAGAGAUUGAACAAAUUCUUCAUGAUCAAGAACAAGAAGUUGCCCAGAUCCAAGAGAAAAUACUCGAUUCCAGUCAACAUAUUCGUCAUGCAUUGGCUGCUGCUGCAAAGGCAAUUUUUUCUUACUAUUCCGAAGUCUCACAGAGACCCAAUCUCAAUAAACAAUUACACUCUUUAUUCAAAUAA